AUGAAUUACUCACGGUUCAUCACCGCCACGAGCGCGGCCAGAAAGCCUUCUCCCAUCCGAGUGACGGGUGAGAAGCGGGACUGGCGCCUCUCCUCCCGGGGUGCAAAAUCACUCAUUUCCUUAGCUGCUGGAUCACCAAAUCCAAACACAUUCCCCUUUAAGACUGCUACUAUCACUGUAGAAAAUGGAAAGACAAUCCAAUUUGGAGAAGAGCUGAUGAAGAGAGCACUUCAGUAUUCUCCAACUACUGGAAUUCCAGAGCUUUUGUCCUGGAUAAAACACUUACAAGUAAGACUUCAUAAUCCUCCCACCAUCCAUUAUCCACCCAGUCAAGGACAAAUGGACGUAUGUGUCACAUGUGGCAGUCAAGAAGGUCUUUGUAAGGUAUUUGAAAUGAUCAUUAAUCCCGGAGAUAAUGUCCUCCUAAGUGAACCUGUUUAUUCAGGAACACUUCACAUUCUACAACCGCUGGGCUGCAACAUUCUUAAUGUUUCCAGUGAUGAAUAUGGGAUUAUUCCAGACUCCCUCAGAGAAGUACUUUCCAGAUGGAAACCAGAAGAUUCAAAGGAUUCCAAGAAAAACACCCCCAAAUUACUUUAUACUGUCCCAACUGGAAACAACCCUACUGGAAGCACAUUAAGAAGUGACCGAAAAAAGGAAAUCUAUGAGCUUGCAAGAAAAUAUGAUUUCCUCAUAAUAGAAGAUGACCCUUACUAUUUCCUCCAGUAUGACAAGUCCCGGCCACCAACAUUUCUUUCCAUGGAUGUUGAUGGGCGUGUGAUCAGAGCUGACAGUUUUUCGAAAGUCAUCUCCUCUGGAUUGAGAAUAGGGUUUAUAACUGGUCCACAACCCUUGAUAGAGAGAGUUGUUUUACACAUACAAGUUUCAUCACUACAGCCCAGUACUUUUAAUCAGUUUAUGAUAUUACAGCUUCUACAACAGUGGGGAGAAGAGGGCUUCCUGGCUCAUGUUAACAGAGUUAUUGAUUUCUAUAGGAAACAGAAGGAUGCAAUGCUGGCAGCUGCAGACAAGUGGUUAGGUGAUUUGGCAGAAUGGCAUGCUCCUACUGCUGGAAUGUUUCUAUGGGUUAAAAUUAAAGGCGUGCAUGAUAUAAAACAACUGGUUGGAAAAGAAGACUUUAAGAAAGAGAUAUUAAUGUUUCCUGGAAACGAUUUCCAAAUCGAUAGCUCAAUUCCUAGCUCCUACUUGAGAAUGUCCUUCUCUUCAGCUUCUCCAGAACAGAUGGAUGUGGCCCUCCAGAAAUUAGCCCAACUUAUAAAAGAAUCAUUAUGA